AUGGAGAAUGGUUCUUGGGACUUUUUAGGCUCAAAAGGUUUGGUGAAGAAACAUGAGUUCGUCAGGAUUCUGGUCCAGUGCUUAUACUCCUUAGGGUACAAGAGAUCCGCUUCUUGCCUUGAACAAGAGUCAAACGUCUCGUACAAAUCCUCUGACUUUGAGUUUCUUGAAAUGCAAGUUUUGAGUGGGAACUGGGAUAGUUCCCUAGCGGUUCUCGACAGAGUUUUCGAUAACUCGAAGGAUGAAGCGAGAAACACGGCUUUGUAUCUAGUGUUCAAGCAGUGUUUGUUCGAGUGUCUGAAACGAGGGGAUACUUCUUUAGCUAUAAAUGUGCUGCAGAAGCAAGCUCCGAUGUUAAAGGUUGGGAAAGAGAAGAUUCACAGGCUUGCUUGUGAUAUUGUUACUUCGAAAGAGAUGGAAUACGGUGAAGUGAGCAACUUCUUGGUUGAAGAUUUGAGGAAGAGGUUGUUGGUUGAACUGGAGAAGUUGAUUCCUUCGCCAAUUGUUAUUCCUGAGGGAAGGUUGGAACAUUUGGUUGAGACUGCUGUGUUGGACCAGAUUGAUAAAUGUCUGUAUCAUAACUCAUGUGAUGCAGUAUCACUCUACAAGGAUCACCUUUGCGGUAGAGACCAAAUCCCUUCAGAAACAGUCCAGAUUUUGAUGGCACACAAAAAUGAAGUGUGGUUUGUACAAUUCUCUAAUAGUGGCAAAUAUUUGGCCACUGCAUCAAGCGAUUGUACAGCUAUGAUAUGGAAGGUACUGGAUGACAACAGAGUCGAACUGAUGCACACGCUUCAGAGCCACCAAAACCCAGUUUCGUUUGUCUCGUGGAGCCCCGACGACAGUAAGCUGCUUACAUGCGGAAACGCUGAGGUUCUAAAGCUAUGGGACGUUGAGACAGGUGUGUUGAGACACACAUUUGGAAACAACGACAACAAUAGCGGAUUUACUGUCAGCUCUUGCGCAUGGUUCCCUGACUCCGCUCGCCUUGUCUGUGGCAGUUCUGACCCGGAAAGAGGGAUUGUAAUGUGGGAUACUGAUGGAAACGAGAUCAAAGCAUGGAGAGGAACGAGAAUCCCAAAGGUAGUGGAUUUGGCUGUGACUCCGGAUGGGGAAAGUAUGAUCACGGUGUUUUCGGAUAAAGAGAUCCGGAUUUUGCAUUUGGAGACGUUACUCGAACGUGUUAUCACUGAGGAAAAACCGAUUACUUCACUUUCGGUUUCUGGCGAUGGUAAGUUCUUUAUAGUCAACUUGAGCAGCCAAGAGAUACAUCUUUGGGAUCUUGCUGGAGAGUGGAAACAACCAUUGAAGUUCUCGGGUCACAAGCAGAGCAAAUACGUGAUACGGUCAUGUUUUGGUGGGUUUGAGAGUUCGUUCAUCGCCAGUGGAAGCGAGGAUUCACAGGUUUACAUAUGGAAUCUGAAGAACGCCAAGCCGCUUGAAGUGUUGUCAGGUCAUUCCAUGACUGUAAACUGUGUGAGCUGGAACCCGAGGAACCCUCGUAUGCUUGCCUCUGCGAGUGAUGACCAGACCAUCCGUAUUUGGGGACCGGGUAAACCGAAUAAACCGGAAAAUCGACUGCAGACAGACACAUUCUUACUUUUUGAGUUUUGGUACGCUGUGGUUUUUUGGAUAGCCGGAAUUGAGACAUGA